AUGGGUGACUGGAGCUUUCUGGGUAAUAUUUUAGAGGAAGUGAACGAGCACUCGACGGUGAUUGGCCGGGUGUGGCUCACGGUUCUCUUCAUCUUCCGCAUCCUCAUCCUCGGCACGGCGGCGGAGUUUGUGUGGGGCGAUGAGCAGUCGGACUAUGUCUGCAACACGCAGCAGCCCGGUUGCGAGAACGUCUGCUACGACGAGGCCUUCCCCAUCUCCCACAUCCGCCUCUGGGUGCUGCAGAUCAUCUUCGUGUCCACGCCCUCCCUGGUCUACGUGGGCCACGCCGUGCACCACGUCCACAUGGAGGAGAAACGCAAGGAGAGGGAGGAGGCCGAGCUGAGUCGCCAGCAGGAGCUGAACGAGGAGCGGCUGCCGCUUGCGCCCGACCAGGGCAGCGUGCGCACCACCAAGGAGACCAGCACCAAGGGGAGCAAGAAGUUCCGUCUGGAGGGCACCCUGCUGAGGACCUACAUCUGCCACAUCAUCUUCAAGACGCUGUUCGAGGUGGGCUUCGUGGUGGGCCAGUACUUCCUGUACGGCUUCCGCAUCCUGCCGCUUUAUAAGUGCAGCCGCUGGCCCUGCCCCAACACUGUGGACUGUUUCGUGUCCCGGCCCACGGAGAAGACCGUAUUCAUCAUCUUCAUGCUGGCUGUGGCCUGCGUCUCGCUCUUCCUCAACUUUGUGGAGAUCAGUCACCUGGGCCUGAAGAAGAUCCGUUUCGUGUUCUGGAAGCCGGCCCCGGGGACGGGCCAGGGUGAGGGGCCCGGCCCACUUCCCCCUCCUGGGGGGACCCUCAAAAGUUUGCCCCCGCUGGCUGUGCCCUCCGUCCAGAGGGCCAAAGGCUACAGGCUUCUGGAGGAGGAAAAAGGCCCAUCUGUGACUCACCUCUACCCCCUGUCGGAGACGUGCAUGGAGGCAGGGAGGCUAACCCCCCUGGCCCCACCCUUCCAGUGCAUUGAGGAGAAGGUGGAGGAGGUGCCGCAAAUGGAAAGCAUUUCUAAGGUGUAUGAUGAGACUCUGCCCUCCUACGCCCAGACCACGGAGAUAGGAGGGGACAUACUAGCACAAGACCAAGAGGAGGACCAGCGGCAGGAGGUGGUGGGGACGGAAGCGACAGAUACGAUAGAAGACACAAGACCACUGAGCAGGUUGAGCAAAGCCAGCAGCAGGGCCAGGUCAGAUGAUCUCACCGUAUGAACAUGUGAAACCACACACACACACACACACACACACACACUUCCAGUUGCACGAACACACACACACCUAACUCAAAACAACACAGGGCUAGACCAAGGGAGCAAAAUGUAAAACGGCAGACAUAUAUUGAGUUACCUAGCAUAUUACUAUUAGGACAAGU